AUGGGUUUGUCGCAAAGUACUAAUAAUGCUAAAUGCGUUGAAAAAAUGGAAUUAGUCGAAGCAAGCGGAAAAGGAAGUUGUUCAGCUGCAAAAGGAAGCACCAAAGAGGUUGAAGUUGACGAUGUUCAGAGAUUGUUACUCAUGGUUCUGAAAAUGGCUGACAACCACUUGGAAAUGGAUUUAAGUCAUUGUAACUCUGCCAUUCAUUUUUAUAUGUCAGCUAAGUGUAUCAGAGAGUUGUUGAUGGGUUUUCAUUGCCUUGACGUGUCUACUCUACAAGUUUGGAGCACGUAUAUUCAUCGUCUAUGUAUUGAUAAUUCCACAUCAGAAGUGUAUGGAAUUAUGGAUCCUGCUAUGUGUAUAUAUAAUGAUGAUGUGCCGAAAUCUUUAGUAGAUGUUAGGAAAUACGUACAAGAAAAGUUGAUGUCGCAAAACAAAGUUUGCUACUUACUACCACUUGUUCAUGCAGAACAUUGGCAAUUAUUUGUCUUGUGUCCAAGAGAGAAUACUGUGGUCUUCUUUUGUUCACUUAAUUGGGAUGUUGAUAAAAACACGAAGAAAAUUAUUUCAACUGCUUUUGAGGUUCAUCAAAUUUCAAAUGGCAAUAGAAAAAAGGCUAUUACAUGGCUUAAGCCCGAUUCAAGGAAACAACAUAACAAUACUGAUUGUGGAUACUAUGUGAUGAAAAAUAUGUUGGAUAUUGUCUCUGCCAAUAUAACUGAAUCUUGGAUGCAGGUAUUUAAUGAUCCUACAGAAUUGACACAAGAAGAUUUGUAUGAUUUGCGACUCCGUUGGGCAAAAUGUUUCUUUGAGUUAUAUAAAGGAUAACUUUAUGUUUCUCGUGGAUGCGUG